CACAUCUUUAUAUAGACCAUCUCAGCUUAAGUCCUAUCUGCAACAUUAGUACCCAAAGUACUAAACAUUCUCUCUGAAUUCCUCUUGCUCAGGAUUUGGGGAGUGGAAAAUGGAAAUUUCCAGGAUUUUUGUGUUCACUUGUUGUGCAUUGCUCUUGUGCACCACCUUGGCCUAUGGUCAAGCCAAUAGCCCUCCGGCUCUGGUCGCAAUGAGCCCAACUCCAACACCGGCACCAGCAUAUGUGAACCUCACUGAUUUACUCUCAGUGGCUGGUCCAUUUCACACUUUCCUCGACUACCUCGAGCUGACGAAAGUCAUCGACACCUUCCAAAACCAAGCCAACAACACUGAGGAAGGCAUUACAAUUUUUGUACCAAAAGACAAUGCCUUCAAGGGUCUUAAAAAGCCUUCAUUGUCCAAUCUAAGUGAUGAUCAGCUUAAAUCAGUCGUCCUUUUCCAUGCCUUGCCCAAAUUCUAUUCCCUUGCUGACUUCAGUGAACUCAAUACAAAAGGCCCCAUUGGUACCCUUGCUGGUGGCCAAUACACGUUGAACUUCACCGAUGAUUCUGGCACCAUUCAUCUCGAUUCUGGAUGGAGCAAAACAAAAGUGACCAGCGCCGUACACUCAACCGAUCCCGUCGCAAUCUAUCAAGUCGAUAAGGUCCUUCUUCCCAAGGCAAUCUUCGGUACCGACAUACCUCCGACUCCUGCUCCAGCCCCGGCUCCCGAUAUUAGCCCUGCAGCUGCAGCGGAUUCUCCAUCAGCAGAAUCCAAAGGAAGUAGUUCUUCACCGGAGCCUUCACCUUCAACUUCAUCAUGUCAUAGGAUCGUGAACUUGAGCAAUUGGAGGCAGCUGGUUUUGGCUGUCUUAGCUGGUGGGGUUGUCAUGUUUUGCUAAGAUAAGGACUUGAUUGCGUCUAAUUUAAAUUCAUGGGGACCUCACACAGCUGGUUUCUAAAUUUACAUUGAUUUUUGAAACCAUUUGUAUUGUUUAUUCAGGUUAGUGUUAAAAAUGUGAGGUCUUCUGUUUUAACUUUCAAUUAUAAUGGCCUUUUGCCCGAAUCUCCUGUUUCCCAUUUUAUCAUAUACAUGUAUCCCUUCUAUUUGCCCCAA